CCCAACUUGGUAUGUGUUUCCUUUUCCGUUGUACAGAAUCUAAAACCCCGACCGCCCCCUACUUUUUCUCAUCAUGCAUUCAUGCCUACGCCUUUGUAUAUAUUCUCCCACUCAUGUUUUUUUCUCAUCAUAUUCUUCUGCUGUCUUUAAGGUUGUCCGCCGCUACUGUCGCUGUUCCAACAUGCCUUCACGCGCCCCGGUCACUGUCCGGGAAGUUUGGGCCCACAACCUCGAAUCGGAAAUCCAAAUCAUCCAAAAUCUCGUCGACACUUACUAUUACGUCUCCAUGGACACGGAGUUUCCCGGCGUAGUGUUCAAGACCCAAAGUUCAGUCAGAGCAUGGGAACGACGACGGCAGGGCUCCGCCGUCGAGCAGUACCGGCUGCUGAAACUGAACGUCGACGCAUUGAAUAUAAUUCAGAUCGGGCUGACCCUGUCCGACCCGGAGGGGAACCUCCCCGACGUGGACGAAUCCGGCGGCCGGUGCAUCUGGCAGUUCAACUUCUCCGACUUCGAUUUGGCGCGUGACCUCCACGCGCCGGACUCUGUCCUGCUCCUCCACGGCCACGGCAUCGACUUCAACCGGACCCGGGAGCUCGGGAUUGAUUCGGCCCGGUUCGGGGAGCUGAUAAUGUCAUCCGGUUUGCUCUGCAACGAGUGGGUGAGCUGGGUGACUUUCCACGGCGCGCACGACUUCGGCUACUUCGUGAAGAUUCUGAUGCAAUCUCCGCUGCCGGAUCGGUUGGAAGACUUUCUGGGAAAUCUGACGGCGUUUUUCGGAAGCAGUGUGUACGACGUCAAGCACAUGAUGAAAUUCUGUGAGCGGCUCUGUGGCGGGCUGGACCGGCUGGCCAAAUCACUGGACGUGGACCGGGUGGUAGGGCAGUGCCACCAGGCCGGUUCGGACAGUCUCUUGACAUGGCAUGUCUUCCAAAAGAUGAGGGAUGUCUACUUUCACCAUGGUGGGGUGGAAAAGUUUGUUGGUGUGCUAUUUGGAUUAGAAGUCUAUUGAGCACAUAUAUUUGUAGGCGUAGUUUUUUAUUUUUAAAUUAUUAUUACUCCGUAGUAUAGUGAUUGACUGGCUGGUAUAUAUUUUUUAUUUUUAAUUUUUUGUUGUACUAAUAGUAGAAUGAUAGGGAUGGUGAGAGCUACACCCAAAUAGUCCUUAGUACCUCAUAUUAUACAUAUCCAUUCUUAAUGACUUUGUCAUUUUUAGUAACACUUAAAUAUGUAAAAAUAAAG